AUGGUUCGUUUACAAUGGCAUGCCAAAUAUAAUUUUUACAACCGACGUCUUUUGGAUGAAACUUGUACUAAGAAAGGUCUUGUCGUCACAUUACAUAUGAUUUCAGUUACUACUAGUAAUAAUGAAAUAAAAAUACAUAAUAGAAUUGAUCAACUCAUUCUGGUUUUAGGUACAUUCCUUAUAAUUGAUCCAGAAGAAGAAUUCUUUCCAUAUGAAGCGGAAAAAUUAUUUAUAGAUGUUAUGGAAAAGGGAUUAUCAUUAAUUGUUUUCGCUGAUUGGUGUAAUACUAGUGUUAUGCAAAGUUUACGCUUUUAUGACACUAAUACUAGAUCAAUCGUUUUCACAAUGAUAUGUACAAAUAAUAAAAAUACAUAUGUUGUAGAAAAUAUUUCUUCUAUCGCAUCGAAACCUAUGGUUCGUUUACAAUGGCAUGCCAAAUAUAAUUUUUACAACCGACGUCUUUUGGAUGAAACUUGUACUAAGAAAGGUCUUGUCGUCACAUUACACAUGAUUUCAGUUACUACUAGUAAUAAUGAAAUAAAAGUAGAUCAUCCAGUUUCUUUGCCUUGA